CGAAUUUUCCCCCGCGAAAGCCAAAAAGCUCGAGCGAGAAAAAGAUCAGAAAGAGGUAAAAAAAAAAAAAGCCGUACGGAGCAGGCCCCCUCGGCUGCGUGGGGCCUCGUUCCGUCUCCCCUCCCCAUAGAAAAUGCGCCAUCGACGGUGCCCAUGGAGAUAACGUACGCCUCCGCCAGCUCCCCCGACCUCGCCGCCGUCGCCCGCCACGCCGGCUCCAACCCUUCCUCCUCCUCCGCCUCCUCCUCCUCCUCCGUCAUGCCGCACUCCCGCCCCGUCAAGGUCAUCCCCCUGCAGCACCCGGCGGCCCCGCCGUCGUCGUCGGCGGCCGGGGCGGCGGCGGCGGCGGGCGGCUCGAUGUGGCUGCGGUGGAGUUCGAAGGCGAAGCGGAUGACGUGCGUGGAGUGGAUCGAGGUCUUCCUGCCCUGCGUCCGGUGGAUUCGGGCGUACAGGUGGCGCGAGUACUUGCAGAUCGAUCUCAUGGCCGGGAUCACCGUCGGCGUCAUGCUCGUGCCUCAGGCAAUGUCAUACGCAAAACUAGCUGGGUUGGAACCGAUUUAUGGCCUCUACUCUGGUUUUGUGCCUGUAUUCGUCUAUGCCGUAUUCGGAUCGUCUCGUCAACUUGCAGUAGGCCCAGUAGCAUUGGUGUCUCUCCUUGUCUCUAAUGUACUGAGUGCAAUUGUUGAUUCUUCUGAUGAGCUAUACACAGAACUUGCAAUACUGCUGGCUCUUAUGGUUGGGGUAUUGGAAUGCAUCAUGGGGCUCUUGAGGCUUGGAUGGCUCAUUCGUUUCAUCAGCCACUCUGUAAUAUCUGGCUUCACAUCCGCUUCUGCCAUUGUCAUUGGAUUAUCUCAAGCAAAAUACUUUUUGGGAUAUGACAUUGUUCGAAGUAGCAAGAUCGUGCCCCUGAUCAAAAGUAUAAUAGCUGGAGCAGAUGGGUUUUCGUGGCCACCAUUUGUUAUGGGAUGUGUUAUUCUUGCGAUCCUUCUGGUUAUGAAGCACCUGGGAAAAUCAAGGAAGUACCUGCGAUUUCUGCGAGCAGCGGGGCCCCUUACAGCAGUGGUCUUGGGCACAGCUGUUGUGAAAAUUUUUAAUCUAUCUUCUAUUUCUCUGGUAGGUGAGAUACCACAGGGCCUCCCAAGCUUUUCUGUUCCGAAGAACUUCGGGUAUAUGACAUCUUUAAUUCCAACUGCACUUCUCAUUACUGGCGUGGCUAUAUUGGAAUCUGUGGGAAUUGCCAAAGCAUUGGCAGCAAAGAAUGGAUACGAGUUGGACUCCAAUCAAGAGCUUUUUGGUCUUGGUGUGUCAAAUAUACUUGGUUCCUUUUUUUCAGCAUACCCUACUACAGGUUCCUUUUCCCGGUCAGCUGUAAACCAUGAAAGUGGUGCAAAGACAGGUGUAUCUGGAAUUGUUACAGGAAUCAUAAUGGGCUGUGCCCUUUUAUUCUUGACUGAGUUGUUUGAAUAUAUACCACAGUGUGCACUAGCUGCCAUUGUGAUAUCUGCUGUUAUGGGCCUGGUGGAUUAUGAGGAAGCUAUAUUUCUUUGGCGUGUGGAUAAGAAAGAUUUUCUUCUUUGGACAAUUACUAGCACAACAACAUUGUUCUUUGGUAUUGAAAUAGGUGUCCUUGUUGGGGUUGGUGCUUCUCUUGCUUUUGUCAUUCAUGAAUCAGCAAAUCCACAUAUCGCUGUCUUGGGGCGCCUACCUGGCACCACUGUCUAUAGAAAUAUAGAACAGUACCCAGAAGCGUAUACCUACAAUGGAAUUGUUAUUGUUCGGAUUGAUGCUCCAAUAUAUUUUGCCAAUAUUAGUCACAUAAAAGAUCGGCUACGGGAAUAUGAAAUUGAGGUCGAUAAAUCCACACGAAGGGGCCCGGAAGUUGAUAGAGUUUAUUUUGUGAUUCUAGAGAUGGCACCUGUCACGUAUAUUGAUUCCAGUGCUGUUCAAGCUUUAAAGGACUUGUACCAAGAGUACAAAUUACGGGACAUUCAGAUCGCUAUUUCCAAUCCGAACCGGGACAUCCUGCUUACUUUUUCAAAGUCCGGAGUGGUUGACAUGAUUGGUAAGGAAUGGUUUUUUGUUCGAGUCCAUGAUGCUGUUCAAGUCUGCCUCCAACAUGUCCAGAGCCUAAAAGAAAUGCCCACAACACCCGACCCUCCACCUGAGGAUAGACCAAGUCUCUUGCAGAGAUUACUCAGGCAAACCGGGGAGGAUCUCUCGAUUCUUGAGCUGGAGUCCGGAAAUCAGAGGCCUCCAGCAUCUAUGGACACCGAUCCUCAAUUGGAACCUCUCUUACCCCGGAAGCCUUGAACGUUUCUUCCCGGUGAUGGAUGUGCAGCCAGAAAUUAUUCGCACGAGGCCGUGCUCAAUUGUAUGAUCUAAUAAUCCAUUUUUUUCCGGCCAUAAGGGAGGAUUUUGUUUUCUCUUUCUCUGUGAGUAAAGUAGAUAAUCUUGUAUAAUAGGAUUAGCAUGUAUCACUGUAUUAUAUUCAUCAAUAAGUAGAUCUCAAUUCGCUGCA